GCAGCUCCCUCCAAGAUGGCGGCGGCGACGGUGGACCCGGGAGCUGGGAGCCCGCAGGCUGGAGCUUCCUCCGGCGGGGGCGCCGGGGGCGGGCUGCCAUCCCCGGGGGAGCAGGAGCUGAGCCGGCGCCUGCAGCGCCUCUACCCCGCGGUCAACCAGCACGAGACGCCGCUGCCGCGCUCCUGGAGCCCCAAGGACAAGUACAACUACAUCGGCCUCUCGCAGGGCAACCUCCGCGUCCACUACAAAGGUCACGGUAAAACUCACAAAGACGCGGCCUCAGUGCGCGCCACCCAUCCCAUCCCUGCCUCCUGUGGCAUCUAUUACUUCGAGGUGAAGAUUGUCAGCAAAGGAAGAGACGGGUACAUGGGGAUAGGACUCUCAGCUCACGGCGUCAACAUGAACAGACUUCCUGGUUGGGACAAACAUUCCUAUGGUUACCAUGGUGAUGAUGGUCAUUCCUUCUGCUCCUCGGGGACUGGCCAGCCCUACGGCCCUACGUUCACCACAGGAGAUGUGAUCGGCUGCUGUGUCAAUCUCAUCAACGGCACCUGCUUCUACACCAAGAACGGACACAGCCUUGGUAUAGCCUUCACCGACCUCCCGGCCAACCUGUAUCCCACCGUCGGCCUGCAGACACCCGGGGAGAUUGUGGACGCCAACUUCGGGCAGCAGCCCUUCCUGUUUGACAUCGAGGACUACAUGCGGGAGUGGCGUGCCAAGGUGCAGGGCACCGUCCACUGCUUCCCCAUCAGUGCCCGGCUUGGCGAGUGGCAGGCGGUGCUGCAGAACAUGGUCUCGUCUUACCUGGUGCAUCAUGGGUACUGUGCCACAGCCACGGCUUUUGCCCGAAUGACUGAGACCCCGAUUCACGAAGAACAGGCAUCCAUAAAGAACCGACAAAAGGUCCAGAAGCUAGUGCUGGAGGGCCGGGUGGGUGAGGCCAUCGAGACCACCCAGCGCUUCUACCCAGGGCUGCUGGAACACAACCCCGACCUGCUCUUCAUGCUCAAGUGCCGCCAGUUUGUGGAGAUGGUGAACGGGACCGACAGCGAGGUCCGAAGCCUGAGCUCUCGGAGCCCCAAGUCCCAGGACAGCUACCCCGACUCCCCUAGCCUCAGCCCCCACCACGGCCCCAGCAGUGCACAUGCACACAGCACAGGAGCCGACAGCCCCAGCUGCAGCAAUGGCAUGGCCUCUACCAAGAGCAAACAGAACCACAGUAAAUACCCUGCACCCAGCUCCUCCUCCUCCUCGUCUUCCUCCUCGUCUUCCUCCUCCCCGUCCUCCGUCAAUUACUCUGAAUCCAACUCAACAGAGUCCACCAAGUCCCAGCCCCACAGCAGUACCAGUAACCAGGAGACCAGCGACAGUGAGAUGGAGAUGGAGGCGGAGCAUUACCCCAACGGUGUGCUGGAGGACGUGUCCACACGCAUCGUCAACGGCACCUACAAGCACCAGGACCUGCAGUCCGACGAGUCCAGCAUGGACGAUGGGCACCCUCGGAGGCAGCUCUGCGGAGGCAACCAGGAUGCCACGGAAAGGGUGAUCCUGUUCGGCCGGGAGUUGCAGGCACUGAGCGAGCAACUGGGCCGCGAGUAUGGCAGGAACGUGGCGCACACGGAGAUGCUGCAGGAUGCCUUCAGCCUGCUGGCCUACUCGGACCCCUGGAGCUGCCCCGUUGGCCAGCAGCUCGACCCCAUCCAGAGGGAGCCAGUGUGUGCAGCCCUCAACAGCGCUAUUUUAGAGUCUCAGAACCUGCCAAAGCAGCCCCCACUGAUGCUGGCCCUGGGCCAGGCCUCCGAGUGUCUGCGGCUCAUGGCCCGAGCGGGCCUGGGGUCUUGCUCCUUUGCCAGAGUCGACGACUACUUGCACUAGCUGACCGUGCUGGCUGGCUCCGCCUGGCCUGCUGGAGGCACCGGCACAGGGACCUGGAAGCCAUGGGUAGCGUCCAUGCCUGCCACCUCCCGCCUGGCCUUCCCCUCCUCUCCCUUUCCUUCUUUGCCCCCUUCAGUCUCUCUCUCUCCCUCUCUCCCCCUCCACGGGCAGCGGCCUAGGACACGGUGUUGUCUGCUUCCUCUAGCAUAGCCUUAGGCUCUGGAGGGGCGCUUGUUUGAAGGGAGGUGGGGCCCUGUCACCUGGUCCCUUCCUGGCUGAGCCACCAGUCCUCGUCUGCCUCGGGGGCAUUUGCGCUGAGCCCACAUCUGCUCACUUAGUGAGGAAGCCGAUGCUAGUUGGUGAUAGCUUAUUAUUUUCAUAAUUAAAAAUGAGAUUUUAUAUAUAUAUAUAUUAAAAACAAGAAACAGUAUUUAUCGUAGUGUUAGUGGUCAAUCACCUCGUGGGUGAGGCUGCCCAGACACCGGAUGUUUUUAUUCGAGUCCCACCCAUGGGGGGAGGGGGUAUCAUCUCGUCACUUCAGCCAAAAGGCUUGUCUCUUGUCGUCGGCUCCCCCUUCACAGAGCCACGCCCAGCGGGAGCCCAGGCAAGCCGAGGGGGACUCUGCGAGGAGUCGGGCUUGGCAGGUUUGCCACAUCCCCAGAAGCCUCUAAGGGCUUGACUGAGUGGAGAAUUGCAAGGCUGAGGGUGCAAGAGGUGACAAGCUGGCCCAGGGCCAGUGAGCAAAGCCAGGGGCAGAGGGUCUGUGGCCGGCACGCUGUCUCCCAUCCUCUCCUGCCUCCCCCUGCCUUUUUCUCGCUCCUCUCUCCUCCCAGCCCCCCUUUGUUCAGAUGGCCAAAUAAUGCAUGGACUCUAAACCGAUCGCCUGGAAACGACCGGUCUUCGAGCUGAGAGCUGCUGCGGGGAGGAAGUCUCCAUAUCAGGACCAGCCCUGAGCACAGGGCCCAAUUCUCCCUGCAGGGUUCUCCUUGUCUGCACGUGUCUGCUGGAAUCCAUGCUUUCUGGGGGUGGCUGAUCCCCCACCCAGACUGUGGUUGUGCCAGGCAGUGCCCUGCACCAGGGCCCCGCCCCUCUUUGGGAAAGACAGUCACGAGAGUUUGGUGACCAGCUGUUUCAGGUGGGGCCUUGCAGCUGGGGAUAGCAUUGCCGCCGGGGACGGAGAGAGAGGAAGGACUGUGUUGCCGGGAUGUGGUGGCCCAUCUGGGGAGCAGACCAGCUGCCCUGGAGAUGAGGAAUGGGGAGCUCCACUUAGAGGAGCACCACGAGGGGCUGGGACUUCCUUGCCGGCCUCCGAGACUGCCGGGGAGCAGGGUCAGCAGUUGAACUUGCAGGCCCGGCCUGGCCCUGGGCUAUGCCAGCUCUUGCUCCGUGUCUGUGGACACAAGGAUGACGGAUGCAGCCCAAAGCCGGACCGACCACAAGUGACUGAGGUGCACUGGCUGCUGCAGGCAGGCCCGGGCCUGGCCCUACGCUCUCCACAGGUCUGCCUUUGCUUGAGAGUGACCCUGUGGGUCCGAGCUGGGCGCCCAUGUCUGGGAGGGCUGCUCCCGGCUGUCCUGUCGGGGUUCAUUUCUGCAAGGCUGCGAGUGCCUGGCUCCUGCCCAGAGCGGGAAACAUCUGGCUGUUCCACUGAUCGCUGUCCAGCAGCUUCAGAAGGUAAAACCAAAGUCGUUUGCUGCCAGAACAGAGAUGAGACCACAUCUUCUCCCCAGUUUCUCCUCUGCAAGGAAAAGCGGCAGCCAAAGUCAAGCAGCGAAAGCUGGGCUGAGCCCUGUGCCCACUGGCUAGUCCUGCCAAGGAUAGCAGCCGGCCCCCUGGGAGGGAGGGGUUAGGCCGGCAUGGCCCCAGCACACUGAGCAGGGGCGUGUCCGGCAGGUGGCGCCUGGGCAUGGCUGGAGGAGCCAGGACAGCUUGUGUGCUGUGUGGGGUUUGCUGUCCAACCGCUUGCCCUCAGCACCCAUGGCCGCCUCCUGUUUUCUGUGCCUUAUCUCACUGUUUCUGCUGAGUCCAAGUUGUUUACUCUGUGCCUCUGCAGAGGCGUGCUCUGUCCCAGCCAACAGCUCUCCUCUGGGACAUAUGUAAGCCUUUGCCCCACCAGCCGGGGAGAGGGCCAAAACUCACUGCUUGAGCCCCACCCACCGGCCCGAGCAGCCCGGCUGCACCCGGGAGCAGCGCCUGAGAGGAAGAGUCCCAGCGAAGGGCUAAACCUGGCUCUGCGGGGCUGUCCUGCCCUGUUGAGUGGAAGCAGCCCUCCCUGCUGGCUCCACGUAGCCUAGAAACUGGCAGGUCACUGAAAGGAAGCCAGAGUCUGUGACCUCUCCCCACGGGGCCUGGGCUGGGCGCAGGCCGUCACCGCAGGAACACCGAGAGACUGAGGACAUGGGUCUGCCUGGUCCUCCGGCAUCUUCCCGCCCCUUAAGCACAAAGAAGAUGAGGCAGAGAACUGCUGGACCUGCCCGUUGGUUUGGUUGCUCAUAACUCAGGUAUGCACCGGGAGGCAGCGGGCGCCAGGACCCAAGUGGACCACCAGUCCUGGGCCAGGCUGGCCUUGCACAGGCUCUGCCCGGCACAGGGUUCCCUCCCUCCGUACCACCGCUACCAGGCGGCCUCACCGUGCACGCUGGCUCUGCCUUUGCCCUCACAGGUUGUCGAUCAACAUUAGCAUGACACUUGUGGGCGCCGGGAGGGCUUAGAGAGAAUUCUAACACAAAACAUCCUAUUAAAAUUGUACUUGAGAGAUGAAAAAAACAACAAAAAAAACUUGUUGUAUUUUGACAGAAUUAUUUUUAUUAAAAUACACAUCAUGAGCA